ACAGUUUGUACUGGAUCACUUUCAUUGUAUUUGAAGAACUUUAUUCAUCUUAUUCGGACUUUUCUUCCCAGAACAGGGUCUUCAAACUUUAUUUUGAAGGGCCACCUGAUGGUCCGGUGAACUGCGGACUCCUGACAGAUGUUUUCUCUCUGACAGAGAAUCCGGCUUCAACAGCUGCUUUGUGUCCUAUACGAAACAUCAUCCACAAAAGAGCCAAAAUAACCAGCCGCUGCAGCUGCCAGAGGAACGAAAGCACGAAGCGAAACGGGAAUACUGAUACUACUGACUGUACUUGAGUAAAUGUACUUAGUUACAUCCCACCGCCUCUGAUCACAUGUCAUGAUUUGAGUUUCUGCAGCAUGACAUUCGGUUUUGCCAGUUUCCACAGACCCAAGGAAGAAUAAGUCUGAUAUUUUUCUUCCAGAAACCUCGAAUGAAAACUGUUGAAUCUUCUGUUCGAACCAAGGUCUCGAACACUGUCUGCGUUUGAGUGGACAUCCGUCCUGCUCGUCGGUGACUCUGUCUUCAUCCAUUUCCCUUUGUCUUUGGUCCUCCGGGCAUCGGCGUAUUGGCCGACACCGGGGAAGAGAGUUGGCAGAAAAUCAGAAACAAUAUGAAUCUGAUAUGAUUCUGGAUAUCAGACUCUCAAAAUCACACUUUCCCCCGCGAUGACUUUAUCGCCCGACGAUGGGUCUGCUGGAGGACUGUCAGAACCUGUUUGGAUCCUCAGACCUGUAUGAGGUCCUGGGUGUGCGGCGCUCGUCCUCGGAGGCCGAGGUCAGGAGAGGUUACUACAAACACUCCCUGCAGGUUCAUCCGGACCGUGCGCCCGAAGACCCUCAGGCCACCACCAAGUUCCAGACUCUGGGGAAAGCGUACGCCGUGCUGAGCGACGCGGAGCGGCGAGCCGUGUACGACGAGCAGGGCGUCGCCGAGGAAGAGUUGGACUCUCUGAAACAAGAACGUAACUGGGACGAAUACUGGAGACUGUUGUUCCCUAAAUGUGUCAGUGAACGCCUCUCUGUCCUGAACCAGAUCUCCGAGCAGGACAUCCUGGACUUUGAGCAGACAUAUAAAGGUUCAGAGGAGGAACAGGUGGACCUGCUGCGUCUCUACAGAGACCGCAGUGGAGACAUGGACCGCAUCCUGGACUCAGCGCUGUGCUGCGGACCGGACGACGAGCCGCGAAUCAGACGCAUCCUGCAGGCGGCCAUCGACAGCGGUGAUCUGCCGGCUCUGCGUGCGUUCACACAUGAGAACAACAGGAGGAAGGCGGCACGCAAACGCAAAGCUGACACUGAGCGCGCUCAGUCUGAGCAGCUGAAGAAGGAGCUCGGUCUGGACGAGGUCGACGAUCUGUCGGCCGUCGUCAAGAGGAGGACGGCGUCCCGUGCGGCCGGCUUCAGCUCUCUGAUCGGCAGUCUGGAGGAAAAAUACUGCAGCAAGAAAACAAAGAAAACAAAGAAGUGAAGACGGGUCGACU